CAGAAGAUGCAGGAGAAAUUCCCCGUUUUCCUUCUGAUUGCGGCUGGGCUGCUGGGUCUGUCAGGUGCCUCCAGAAAUGAACACCAGGUCAGUGAGCGAUUAGGCCAGAGCUUUCUUGGAGGACUCCAAGCGAGAGCUCAGAGCAGCCCAGUGACCAGUGCAGUGUUUUCCGUUGCAGAAGACGACCCCGCAGAGGUGACCUUUCCAUUUCAGACUCUCGCAGCUGACCCUGCCCGUGGAGCCGCAGCCAGCUUCAGUGCUGCGCGUGCAGAGAUGGCUGAGAAAGGCACAGACCAGCUCCUGGAAGAGUCAAGUAGAAACUCGGAUGGGUCUGAACAGUCGGAAGGAGCCAUGUUAAAUGCCCAGACCCCUGGCUUUUUCACCAGCGUGAGCAGUCCUGUCCUAAGGCAGAAAACAGAGUCCUGGGUUGUGCAGGAUCCAAAUGAGCCACUUCUAGGGAAAGCAGCAAGAGGGGAACACGUUCCUGCGUCCAGGCCCGGCACGGCAAACGCAAGCAUGGUGCAGUCCCGCCCCAGUGGACCUCGGGCAUCUCAGCCCCUCCGUUCUGCCUUUGCAGGCUCCGUGCCCCCGGAGGGGAUCCAGGAGACAGCAGUGUCGAGUGCCAGGGCUUCCCCUGUGACUCGAGCUGUCGAGUCCCACGUGCUUGUCCAAAGCCCAAAGGAGCCGUCAGGGCCUGCUGUCAAUGCCACGCAGGCUCCUGCAGGGCUGGGAGGGGAUCGUUUCCCCGCACUGGGCCCUUCUAGCGACAGGCUGGGGGAGAGUAGUCCACAGGUCCGGCUUGACCUGGCUAGUGUGACCUUAGUGGCCCCAAAGGAGACUCCAGGUCUGGGUGCCAGGGUCACGCCUGUGGCCUUCUUGCAAAAGCCAGUGUCUGGAGGACUUGCUGCGAUGGUUUCCAGGGCGAAGCAGCUGGCGCCUGUGGGGCUUUCCCCUCCAAAGAGAGCAACGACCGAGAGUCAGACCACCCUGCCCGCCACAUCUGAGCUGAGCACCCCGGGGAGCCCUGACGGCUUGUCUGCACUUCUGGCACCCCCGCCGGGGGAUGCUCCCCCUUCUUUCAUCCCAGGUCCCCCAGAAGUGCCAGCUCCACAGGCCUCAUCGCAGUCCUUGCACAAGCUCCGGAGCAGGACCAAUGAGCCCCGGCUGACUUCGGUGACCCGGCCUGUCCCUCUUGGUGAAUUAGGCCUUUCCACGGCAGGCAGAAAGGGCCAGGUACAGCGCCCAACCUUGGCUCUGCCACGUGGCAUCGGCAGUCAGACAAGUGCCCGUGGCCCUGAACCAGCCAGGUCUCCCGAGAGCAGUGAGGUUGCAGCUGGUCGACCAUCUCCAUUAACCCAGCCACAGGCCCGUGCGCUGCUAUCUCAGCCAGUCGCCGCGGGACGAGCGGGGACGUCACCUGCAUCCCCGCACCAGGGGCAGCUGAGCUCAGCCACCCUUGUACCCGUGGGGUCCCCACCUCCGAUUAGCGCUGAUUCCCCUCGGCCGCUGGGCACUGCUGCUCCAGCUCACGUGGGGCUUCCCGCACCCCUUCUGUCUGCUUCCACAGCCCCUGGGCUCGCGCUGCUCAGAGAUCCUGAUGAGACCGCGAAGCCCCUGGCGCAGGGGCUGCUCAAUAACUCCAGUGUCACCAGCACCAGGAACCUGAGUGCUUUCCUUGCCGAGCACCUGCUGCUCCCCGCGUCAGCUCAGUAUCUGACUUUCCUGGUCAGGAGCGCGGAUGACGCGCUGUGCUUGCACCCCAUGCCGAACGCCCCUCCAUUGACAGCAGACCUCAGUGCCACCCUCCAGGAAGUCCUGCCGUCAUCCGCUGCGCUGCUCUCUUCCGCGUUAGACCCCGCCAGUUUAAAACAGCUGAGUCCUUCCAGCAUCAUUUUGGUGAAGCCUCUGUUUGUCCUUCUGCCUGCGGAUAAGCCAGCGCUGUCCAUCCUACCUGCUUCUGCUGAAGAAGACAGGCUGGCGACUGCUUUUUCCUUCGCCAGCCAGCAAGACCAGGGACCGGCUACUCCCUCAAGCGGCCACGGGAUCCUGAAGAAAGUCAGUUCCUCGUCCUCCACGAGUGAGGCUCCUGGAGCUGCAGCUGCCCUCUCCCCUGCUCCCGACCAGCUGCAGAGGCAAGCUGCUUCUCUACCAGCGCUUACUGCUUUCUCAACUUCAACAAGAGCCAUUAGCCUGUUUGGAUCCCAAACCUCCACGUCCAACCACGUGCCGUAUCCACUGGAGGAGCUCGGCAUGACAGCACUGCCAUCCCGGCCUGAGAACCAGCCCGAAGGGGCCGCGCUACCUGCUGCCCCGGCCCCAGAGGAGAAUGAGACCAGCUCACUUGUACCAAGGGGAGCAUUUGCAGAACACCUUAGUGUGGCCCCUCCAGCACUGAGUCUGCCCACCCUGCACAGCUCCCAAAUGUCCACAGAAACACUGCCUGUAGCUGCAAAUCUGAACACUCCCACCAUUAUCUCUCUGCUGCCGGCAAAGGGAUUCUCUGGUUUUCCAUCUCCAACAUCCGCUCCCCAUACCGAAUCCAGGGUUACGGGGUGGCUUCAGUUCAUUUCAAAGCUAACGCUGCAAAGCAGACACCCUCAUCUCGGCUCAGUGACCGCGUCCGCCCUUGAUAAGCAACAUUUGGCGUCCUCGGUGGGGAGCACAAACUUCCUGCCCGAGGUGCGCACCAGCCUCGCGCCUUUGCAGUCCACUGAGUCACUUGGAAAGCCUCCGUCGCAAACUGAAUCCAUACCCAGCCCUGCGCUGGCCUCCUCAGCGCUGUCUGCUGGAAGCAACCGCACAGAUUUAGCAGCUGGCGAUGAUACCCCGUCAGAAGAGGUCACCGCACGCCAUGCAGCAACGCCGACACCUGCAGCUUCCACGAAGGCUGACCUCUCCAAGCCCGCUGGAUUUCUUCCCAUCCCACCCAACCCAUUCAGAACGACGGAGAAACCAGACUUAGCAUCAGGGCCUGCUUCAUUUUCCACUGAGAGACAAACAAAUGCAACCGUUUCUGGGACGCCCCUUGGGACCAGUACGCAGACACCGAGGCAGUCCAGGUCUUCUGCAGGGGUGUCUUUAUAUGCGUCUACAAGCGUCCCUAGCUCCUCCACCCUGAAAUCCAGCCUCGCCAGCCUGGAGGUAGCUGGUGGUUUGUCCUCUCUAGUAAACUUAGGAGAAGAGGCCAAGCCCACAGAGAGCGUUGUAGUAAUCAGCAGUGCAAGAAGAGAAGGGAGCAAGGCGCUCUUGGGAACCACCAUCUCUCUGCCAGCUGUACCCAGCCCUGAGACACAGCUGUCAACCGCAGUCAUCCCUGGUCUUAAGCUUGUUCCAGCGUCAGCCCGGCCACCCCUGUCUGCAAGACCAACAACCCUUCAACAAGACCGUGAAUUAGCAUCAGGCAGUGUGCAUCCUCCCUCAUCAAGGUCUCCAUUUGCAGUUAUUAAUGAUCAGGUGACUGCUUUGCUAACGAGCAGGAAAGCAUCUCUCCCUGUGACUUCAAGCAGCAGGUCUGACUUGCUGCCUGCUGUUACCACCUCCAAUGAGGCUACGACGGCAUCACCAUCCCCCGGUGAGGCACGUGGCAGACCCGUCACGGAGGGUGGCGUGACAGCUGGCCAGCUGCUGGCUCAGGCCCCGGUGUCACUGUUGCUAGAGCUGCCAUCCGGCCGGCCAAGUCGCCUUCCAGAGAGGGCAUCUUUGGAAGAGACUGGGAAGCUGCCUGGCCGUUUUGAUCUCAGCACUUGGCUCGCCCAGUCCACGGCUUCUGCUACCACAGUUGGGACCAGCGCUUCUGUCGCAACACAACUGGCUUCCACCACCGACAAACUCAUCGAGAAGACUGAGAGCCAGUUUCCUAUCUCAAAUGCAGCGGUGUCAGAUGGCUUGGAGACUCUUCUAACCACAGACCUGUCCCAAUUCCACCCCACCUCCGAGAGCCUUUCUGAUCCCUCUGAAGUCCCAAUGGUCUUCACUUCAGAGAGGAGUCGUCUGCUGAAUGUCACUGGCCUGGAGUCCUUUGAGAGGCCUGCCUUGCACACAGAGGCAGAGCAGGUGGCUAGAAUAAGUGACAUGACUGAGGACACUGCUGGGGACUUGGCGACUGCUCCAACGUGGCUGGAAGCUGAGCCUGUGGUGCUGGAGAACCAGGCACGGCAGCGUAGCGCAGGGCAGCUGGGUGAUGCUCUUCUGGAUGGCUUUGCGGUUGUGUCCGAUGACGCCUGCGGCUCUGGGAACUACACUGCCCGGAUGAGCCUGCGUCCUGCUGCAGAAACGGCCCUGGGGGCCCAGGCGCCGCUGUCUUCCCCCGAGACUUUCCUGGCUGUCAUCGCUUUGCAGAGCAACGGCAGCCGCCCUGCGCUGAGGAUCCGGGCGUGCUGUGUGACGCCCACCAGCGGGACCCCCGGCCCGGAGGCUGUGUGCUGUUUGUUCCCCAGAGCUGGCUUCGAGGCUGGGAAACCCCACGGGGUGGCAGCGGCUGGGAGUGAAACCACCUUCCCCAUCCCCACCAGGGUGCCGUUCGACUGCAGGCACAUUCAGUCGCUCCACGGCGGCCAGUCCAGGGCUGCCAGCUUCACCAUCCAGCUGUUCCAGAUGCUGAACCACUCUGUGGCGUAUCUACACUGCGAGCUUAACGUCUGCCUGAGCAGCAGCCCCGGCUGUGAGCAGGACUGCCUUGAAGGCACAGAGGCAGCUUCCCAGCCCGGCAGCAGGAGCAGCUCCGGCAGCCUGCACAACCUGGUGUCAGUUGGCCCUGUGAGGAAGGUGAAGAGCGCCUUUCCCUCGGAGCCAGUGGAAGGCCCUGCCUCCAUCAUGAUUGUACCCAUCCUGCUGGGCUCGCUGACUGGCCUGGCUGUCCUGGGGAGCAUUUUUGUCUGUCUCUGGCUGCAUCACAGACGCAAGACCCUAAGCCCUGGCAACCCAUUUCUCAGAGCCACGUCCGGCCUGUAA